AUGCUUCGAAAAAAGGGUAACGAUGUUUCAGACAACGCCUAUUCGCAGGAGAAAGAACGAGAGCUGAGCGAGUACCUCACCAAUGCGGAACUCGUCAAGAAGGUUUGAAAUGGAACUUUAAUCUUUAAAAAAAUGGCUCUUCGCCUCGAGACCUUUAUCUAUGCUCGUUUAAAUUUUCUGGCCUAUUUUAAACCAUUCUUCUCCUCAAAAAAAAUCAGCUUUUUAGCCCACCCCCCAAAUCGAAUAUUCCGUGGACAGCUUCGCGACGAUGCAAAAGCCUGACGAACAGCCGGUUCCACCCAACUUUUUCAACGCCAAAACUUUUGUUGCCAAGCCGACGAGGUAAAAAAAAAAAACGUCGAAGAAUUUUUUAUUAAUAAUUUCCAGCAACGUUUACGCUCCCCGAGUGGCAAAGCCGUCGGAGAACCUGAAAAACUUUGCCAAAGUCCAUCCGCAGGUCGUCAGCUCACUACAGAGGCCCAUGGUGUACCGAGGCCACGAAAUUAUCAAACCCAAG